AUGGCGGCGGCGCUUAGGGCAGUGGCGGCGACCAGAGCAGUGGCGGCGACAAGAUCGGCGGCGGCCAUGGCGUUGACGGCGACGACGAGCAUCCGCCGUAUAUCAUCCAUAUUCUCGGGCUUCAAUCCCCCGCCUCCGCCGAACCCGCCGCCGAAAGCGGAACCCUCCACGAACCUCUUCGUAUCUGGUAAAGUGAAAAGAUAUCAGUAAUAGUCUCCCUACUGCUUAUUCGCGCAUUCUGUCGCCCUUCCUCUUCAGUUAUGGACGUGAUGAUUCAUCGUUCGUGCUUGUAAGUUGUCUGUCCACGCCGUCGUAGGUAGUGAUAUUUUGUGUAGGGUUUUAUGGUGUUCAAAGGAUAUUAUAUGAAACUAAACUUCUGUGGACAAUAAUAACUUACUAAGAUCUGCGGAAAGCUUUUCAGAUGUACAGGUAAAUGUCGAAGUGCUCUCACGUAGUAAGACAACAAGUCAGAGAAGAGAAAAUGUUGCACCAAGUCUUGUGACGUAAUGAUUCCUGAUCACCAUUGAAUACUCAUUUAUAUGUAGAUGGUGAAGUGACAGAUGGCUAACCAUUCUGCUGAACGAGAAAAUAGAGCAGAGUGGGACACUGAAGAUGUAUAUUUUAUGACUUCAUAUUUUUCCUUUCUUUUCAGAACACAUUUCAUUUAAACCGAGUAAUAUUUUCAUGGCGUGUCUUCAAAAAAUUUAUCAAUUCAUUUGAAGAUUUGCUUUAGAUUAGUUUUUUAAUCUCACUACGAGAUGGAUAACCUACCACGUAAAGCAUUGUUUUCUGCUACAUGCAUACUCUGCCUAGUUGCAGGCAUUAAUCCUGGCCCAUUUUGCUUAUAGAUCGUUUCUUUAUAUGCAACAUGAAGGAUUAGGUGAUGAAACAACUGUUGACUAGUUUUAUUUUUUACCGAGUUGAUCAUAUGUUUCGUUGCUAAUGGAUUUUCAGGACUUAGCAAGCGGACUACUUCUGAGGGACUCAGAGAGGCAUUUGCAAAAUUUGGCCAAGUUAUUCAGGGUAUCUGUCUCACUCCUUACACUUUUCCGCAGAAGACCUUUCUGAAUGUUCUAAUUGGCAGCGGUCACCAAUUUGCAGCUCGAGUAGUUACUGAUCGCGGCUCAGGAUAUUCCAAGGGAUUUGCUUUCGUACGUUAUGCUACCUUAGAAGAAGCAGAGGCAGCCAUAAAGGGAAUGGAUGGCAAGGUAGUUAACUGCUCUGUCUCUGUUCCUCUCUGGCUCACUCUCGCAUAUACUUUACAUUGCUCGUUUCCUUGA